AUGAGGGCGUUUGGUACCACCGCCUGGAGACUUAGUCAAGGGGAAACGGAUCUCUCGCUUAGUCAAAAGUUACACGAGGAGAUAAACUUUGAGCUUCAGGCGGCAAAGGCUAAUGCAGAAGUUCCAGCUUUUUUAAAAGAAUUUCAAUCUAGUGGAAUUUGGAAGAUUGAAGACCUAGAGGGACAUGAUGAAGUUGCACUCGAGCGGACGUUCGGAAAUGAGACUAUUCGGGUAUUGUUCUCCAUCGCUGAUAUUGAUGCACCACAAGACCCGGCAUUCGAGGAUGCGGAGGGAGCUGAUGAGCAGGAUGCUCCGAUACCAAUGCCUCCUAUCCGUUGCUCUAUAAUCAUCACCAAGGGUUCAGAUCAAGGUGCACUUUCGAUUGAUGCAUUGGCGCAAGAUGGCGCGAUAGUUGUCGACAAUAUCUCCUUCUAUACAAAUGCAAAACUUGCGACAGAGUUGACCUCCGAGGCCGACUGGAAGCGCCGAGGUCUCUACAUCGGGCCUCAGUUCGAUCAUCUCGAUACGAAUGUCCAGGAGGAGUUCGAACGGUACCUUGAUGAAAGGGGCAUUGGUGGAGAUUUAGCACUUUUUGUGCCGGAUUAUGCCGAAUACAAAGAGCAAAAAGAAUAUGUCAAAUGGCUACAGAACGUCAAGUCGUUCAUCGACGUCUAA